UCGAUAACACCCGCGAUGCGAUGCCCAUGGUUUUGGCGCAACACAACUAUUAAGCGUGUGUUUGGUUAAUAAUAUAAUAGCGCGAUUGAACUGGACGGCACUAUGAAGAUGAUCACGGAUGCGCACUCCGAGGCCGCGGGCGACGGCGCCCAUGUGUUGUGCAACUCCGCUUCCGAGCCCCUGGCCAAUGAUGCUGCCAACGACGACGAGUCGAUGGCCACUGAAGGAGACGAUGGUGAAAUCUCGAAGGACGCCGGCAACAAUACGCCCGUGCGCCGCUUGCUGAAGCAGAAUCCCGGCCAGAACGCGGAGCUGCUGGCGGCAACCGAGGAGUCCGAGGCGGAGAAUCAGCGGCAGACGCCAACACCCAAACAGCAGCGCCUGCCCAUGGCGAACAGAAAACGCGAUCUUAUCAACUUGCAAUCGGCCCUGAGCCCCAAAUACAUUGGCUUUGCCAAUGCCAACUCGCCCACGCCGCUUUCCGACUCGGAUGACACGGUACGCACGACGAGGCGACGCGUGACCCAAGCGGCGGCCCUAAGUAACAGUACCUGCGAGACCCUGUCCCGCGACAUUGCAUCCCCGAAGACCACCGGUGGAGGAGGGGGAGGUGCUCCCUUGCUCAGCGGAGGCAGCAAGGCCUACAUGAGCCCCAUUGAGAAGCUGCUGAUCAAGAACGGCGCUAGUUCGCCCAACAGCACGGGCUUCGAGGCGGACUCCGAGGAGCUGGCCAUCCGCCCGGCCGUUCGCAAGCAGCUGAAGCGCAAAAUGAAGCGCAUGUCCAAGUCGAGAGUGUCGGCGGACCAGGAAGCAGACGCCCUGGAAGAGGCAAAGUCUGUGAAGCUAGAGCCCAGCGAAGAGGAAGUUCCUCUGCCAGAAGAAUCCUCACAACCAGACACAGAAACUUCACCGAUCUCCAUCAAAUCCGAGACUGAAACACCCGCUGAGGUUCCUAUUAAGCAGGAGGAUAGUAACAGCUUAGAUGUAGACAACAAACAGGAAGAGGUCAGUUCCCAAGUGCCCGGUGAAGAGCCAAAGGAUGCGGACAAGAGUCCCGAAGAACUUACAUUCGCCCUGCCAUUUGCCGCCACCACAGAAGUCGACCUGAAGUCGCCGCCCGACUUGAGCUCCACUGCAAUGGCCACGUCAAUCAAAUCCCCCUCCUCCGUGAGCAUUGACAGCGCCAAAGGCCUGUCCAUAGUCACCGAUCCCGGUUGGCCCACCUACCAAGUGGGUGAUCUGUUCUGGGGCAAGGUCUUCUCGUACUGCUUCUGGCCCUGCAUGGUCUGUCCGGAUCCCUUUGGCCAGAUUGUGGGCAACAUGCCCAGUCAUCCGCAGCGCUCGUCCCUGGACAACGCCACGGUGCCCAUCCAGGUGCAUGUGCGCUUCUUUGCGGACAACGGGCGUCGCAACUGGAUCAAGCCGGAGAAUCUGCUGACCUUCGCCGGGCUCAAGGCCUUCGAGGAGCAGCGCGAGGAAGUGCGAAUCAAGAGCGGCGUGAAGAGCGCCAAGUACCGACAGAUGAUGCCCAAGAGGACGAAGGUGGUCAUCUGGCAACAGGCCAUUGAUGAGGCCCAGGUGAUGACCCAGGUUCCGUACGCCGAUCGUCUCGAGAAAUUCUACCAGAUCUACGAGAGUGUGAUCACACUCAACAAACAAAAGCGCAAACGGACCAAAUCCAUGACGCAGGACACCUCGGAUGUGGGCAGCAGUCUGUACGACUCCACGGACAACCUGCACAACAGACCAAUCACCCAGUUGGUGGCCGUCAAGAGGGAGCGCUCCGAGUCGCCCUUCAGUCCGGCAUUCUCGCCCGUAAAGAGCAAAAACGAGAAGCGGGCCAAGCGCCGCAAACUGAGCGGUGGCACCGAAGCGGAUACGGGUACCACCUCCAUGGCAGUGACACCUUCUCAGGCAGCAAGCAGCUCGGAGAAGAACCUCACCCCGGAUGGCUCCAUUUACGAGAAUCCCGAAUUUGGCCAGCUCUUCGAUGCCGUCAAGGAGUACGUGAUGGUGCACCGGUCCGAGGAGAAGGUGGAGAAGGUUCUGCUCGCCGUGGUCAGCAAUAUUUGGUCCCUCAAGCAGAUCCAAUUGCGCGAGCUUGAGCGUGACUUCGCCAGCGGCGAGAUGGAGCAGCCGUUGGGCUCAUCGGUGGUGAGCCGCAGCAAUGGAGUGGGCACGAUCAAACGGCUGUCGAAUCGCCUGAAAACCAUGAUGGUGCGUCGCAGUAUGACUCCCGUAGUGACGCCCAGUACAACGCCGGCACCUUCGGAGCCGGAACGUCGCCUGUCGGAGGCUCCCAAGCCCAAGAGGACCGUCAACCGGCCCAUCGAGGAGGUGGUCGAAGAUAUCUUGCGGCUGGACAGCAAGUAUCUCUUCCGCGGGCUCAGCCGCGAGCCGGUGUGCAAGUACUGCUACCAGGCGGGCUCCGAUCUGGUGCGCUGUUCGCGCAGUUGCUCCAGCUGGCUGCAUGCCGACUGUCUGGAGCGAAAGGAGACAGGUGCUCCUAUGCCCAAGAUAGGCAGUCGAAGGGCCAUCGCCGCCUCGCCCACAUCCAAGUCGCCGAGUCCCGAUGAAGAGCAUGUGACAGCCGAUGCCAAGGUGGCUGCCACUGGUGGCACUCCACUAGUUUGCCACGAAUGCAAUAUAGGCGAACCGGAGGGCUGUGUCAUUUGCCACCAAAUUGAGUCACCGGCAAAUGCUUUACCCAUCACUCCAACCAAGGAGGAGGAACCACCAAUGACCCCAACCGAAGAUAAGCUUCUGACUUGCAGCCAACCGCUGUGCAGCAAGCGAUUCCACACGAGCUGCUGCAAGUACUGGCCGCAGGCGAACAGCAGCAAGCUGUCGGCCCGCUGCCCACGCCACGUGUGCCACACAUGCGUCUCGGACGAUCCCAGCGGCAAGUUCCAGCAGCUGGGCAGCUCCAAACUGGCCAAGUGCGUUCGCUGCCCGGCCACCUAUCACCAGGACUCGCAUUGCAUUCCAGCCGGCACUCAGAUGCUAAAUGCCACCCACAUAAUCUGUCCGCGACACAACAUGGCCAAGGCGGAUGCCCACGUCAAUGUGCUGUGGUGCUACAUCUGCGUGAAGGGCGGCGAACUGGUCUGUUGCGAAACUUGCCCCAUUGCCGUGCACGCGCACUGCCGAAAUAUUCCAAUCAAGAAGAACGAGAGCUACAUCUGCGAGGAGUGCGAGAGCGGACGACUGCCGCUGUACGGCGAGAUCGUGUGGGCCAAGUUCAACAACUUCCGCUGGUGGCCGGCCAUCAUCCUGCCGCCCACCGAGAUACCCAGCAACAUCCUGAAGAAAGCCCACGGGGAGAAUGACUUUGUUGUGCGAUUCUUUGGCACCCACGAUCACGGCUGGAUUUCCAGGCGUCGCGUUUACCUCUACAUCGAGGGGGAUACGGGCGAUGGCCACAAGACCAAGUCGCAGCUGUUCCGGAACUACACCACCGGCGUGGAGGAGGCUUCGCGCUUCCUGAAAAUAAUCAAAGCCCGGCGUCAGGAGCAGGCGAUUGGACGGCAAAGCGGUAACAAGCUGCAUCCGCAGCCAUACGUGAAAAUCAAGGCCAACAAGGCGGUGCCGCCGGUGCGAUUCACCCAAAAUCUGGAGGAUUUGAGUGCCUGCUACUGCCAGCCAACCGACGAACAUCCCUGCGGUCCGGACUCCGACUGCCUCAACCGCAUACUUUUCAACGAAUGCCAUCCUGAGUAUUGCAAGGCUGGCAAUCGUUGCGAAAACCAAAUGUUUGAGCUGCGCAAAUCGCCACGUCUGGAGGUGGUUUACAUGAACGAGCGGGGAUUCGGACUCGUCAAUCGGGAGCCCAUUGCUCAGGGCGAUUUUGUCAUUGAGUAUGUGGGCGAGGUGAUUAACCAUGCUGAGUUCCAGCAGCGCAUGGUGCAGAAGCAGAGAGAUCGCGACGAGAACUACUACUUCUUGGGCGUGGAAAAGGACUUUAUAAUCGAUGCCGGACCGAAAGGCAACUUGGCUCGGUUCAUGAACCACUCGUGCGAGCCCAACUGCGAGACCCAAAAGUGGACCGUCAACUGCGUCCAUAGAGUGGGCUUAUUUGCCAUUAAGGACAUUCCUUCGAAUACGGAACUAACAUUUAACUACUUGUGGGACGAUCUAAUGAACGACAGCAAGAAGGUCUGUUUCUGUGGAGCAACUCGGUGUUCCGGCGAGAUCGGUGGGAAGCUCAAGGAUGGCACACCAAAGGAAUCAAAUGCGCAGACAAGCAAGGGAAAAGGCAGUGCCAAGUUGAAACAGAUCCGACGCGGAAAGGGAUCCACCGUUCGUAUCCACGUUGCGGCUGCCAAAAAGGUUAAAAAGGCUCCAAAGGUUAAACACAUUAGUGCCGACGAUGAGCCAGUAGAAGUUAAGAAAGAGCAAUGAAUGCCAAUUAGAUAAAAGCAAUAGUCGCUUGAGCCCAAUCUAAUAUUAUUUUUAACACUACAUUAUUGUUGCAUUUUGGAUUCUUUUUUUAAC